CCCCGGCCCCGCCUCUGACGUGCGGUCCUCUUGGGUCCUGCCUCUUUGCCCGGCCGUUUUUGAAAGUGCUUGUCGGCCAGUGGCGACUUCCCGGGAAGCCUGUUGCUCAGAAGGAAGUCUUCGUAGGCAUGCGCAAGUUCCCCCUCAAUUAGCAGUCAGAAGGUCCAGUAAUACUACCCCCUACCAUGGAGGUGAGCUGCUCCUGCAUGGAGCUGACCUUGGCUGCUAGGUCAUCACUUAGUUGGCUUAGCUCAAGUGAGAAGUACUUGGCUGCAAAUAUGGAAUUGAAGAGUCUACCCAAUCUUGGACUAUUCUCACCAGGAUAUCCACAGCAGCUGUGGAAGGACAGUAUCAGGAUUAAUGUAACUACCUUGAAGGAUGAUGGAGAGAUAUCUGAAGCACAGGUUGUCCUUAACGUAACCUAUGAGACUGGACAGGUAUAUAUAAAUGACUUACCUGUAAGUAGUGGUGUAACCCGAAUAAGCUGUCAGACUUUGAUAGAAGAAUAUUUUUGCUGGACAUGGAAUCAUAGCUUAGCAUUUUUAGAAGUAUAUCGCGGGAGCUGGCGUAGCCAGCGUUGUGACGCAAUGGGUUAUUCCGUGCCAGUAUCCUCUAGGAGCGCUGGUGCGGGUCCAACUACUCGACUUCCAGUCCAACUCCCUGUUAAUGUGCCCAGGAAAGCAGUGGAAGACGGCCCAGUGAAGAAUGAGAGUCUGGAAAGCCUGAAGCAGAAAGAGUGUUUUGGAGUGGUCAGUGUGAGGAUUGUAGUUCACGAGUGGCCUAUGACCUCUGGUUCCGGUUUGCAACUGCUUGUCAUUCAAGCAGAGGUCGUGGAGCUUGAUGGCAAGCAAGCUCAACCAAAGGACGUUACCGAAGUUGCUAUUUUAGUUAAGAAUCAGCAAACACUCAGGCGUUCAAGCUACACGCGCCCGCUGGAGGCAAGCGUGCUGCACUCUCUGUCGCGGGGCGGCGACGCUCUCUUCACCCUUCCCAGCCUCUCCAAGAAAGUAGAAAGUGCUGCUUCCCUGCAGACCACCAGCCAGUACCUCAUCAGGAACGUGGAGACCACCGUGGAUGGAGACGCACUACCUGGCAAGUUACCCGAGACUCCUCUCAGAGCGGAGCCUCCGUCUUCAUAUAAGGUGAUGUGUCAGUGGAUGGAAAAGUUCAGGAAGGAUCUGUGUGGGUUCUGGGGCAGUGUCUUCCCACUCUUCUUCAUGUUUCUGAACGUCGUGGUGGUUGGAAUUAUGGGAGCAGCUGUGGUAAUAACCAUCCUAAAGGUGCUCUUCCCAUGGUUUGAUUACAAAGGAAUUCUUCAGUUGGAUCAAGUGAAUGUUAUACCCAUGACAGCUGUCAACUUAUAUCCUGAUGGACUGGAGAAAAAAGUGGAAAACCUUGAAGACAAAGCAUGGCGAUGAAGACACAGAGCACAUGUUCUUAUCUGCUGGAUCUGCUGGUUCACUCCCCAGACACGCAUGCCUCCCAGGGUCUGCAUUAGGAGGAAGCUGGAAUUGAGAGCUGAGAUGGGACUUGAACCCAGGUACUCUGAUGUGGGAAGUGGGCAUCUUGAUUGCCAGGCCAAACGGGUACCCCUAAGCCACUCUACUACUUAGGCUAAAUAGGUGUGUGUGUGUUGCAGGGAAGGGUGACAGGUACUAGAAUGAAGGAGUGAUUUCGUUUUUUUAAUAAACUUUUUUUUAAAGAAAACUUCUUUAAUCUGAAAUUUUUUGAGAAACAGUCCCCAUCUUCUAGCUUACUCUCCAGAUGCCCACCAGGAGCCAAAACCCCAAUCCAGGUUCUCCACCUGAAAGGCAGGGACCUACUCACUUAAGCCAGCACCUGUUGCCUCCUGGGACCACAUUAGCAGGAAGCUGGAAUCAGGAGCAGAGCCAGUACUCAAACCCAGGCACGCUGAUACAAGAUGUGAGUGUUUGUAACUGCUAGGUCAAAUGCCUGCACCUGAUGAUUCAUUUUGCUUUUUUUUUUUCCCUAAAAUAUUUAUUUAUUUGACAAGUAGAGUUACAGACAGUGAGAGAGAGAGAAAGGUCUUCCUUCCGUUGGUUCACCCCCAAAUGGCUGCCACGGCCGGCACUGCGCCGAUCCAAAGCCAGGAGCCAGGUGUCUCUUCCUGGUCUCCCACGCGGGUGCAGGGGCCCAAGCACUUGGGCCAUCCUCCACUGCUUUCCCAGGCCAAAGCAGAGAGCUGGACUGGAAGAGGAGCAACGGGACUAGAACCGGCACCCAUGUGGGAUGCUGGUGCCACAGGUGGAGGAUUAACCUAGUGAGCCACGGCGCUGGCCCCUCGUUUUACUUUUAAUUAGUACUUUUCACAAGGUGACUGUUCCUAUCUUCUUAUUGUUAGAAGAAUAAAUAAUGGCAUACAAUUCAUAAGUUGAUCUUAAAGUAGAAAAUCUUUUAUUUUCUUCCUCAUUGCAUAAGUUUAUUAUUAUUAUUAUUUUGACAGAGUAGAUAGUGAGAGAGACAGACAGAGAGAAAGGUUUUCCUUUUUGCCGUUGGUUUACACUCCAAUGGCCGGCGCACUGUGGCUGGUGCACCGCGCUGAUCCGAUGGCAGGAGCCAGGUGCUUCUCCUGGUCUCCCAUGGGGUGCAGGGCCCAAGCACUUGGGCCAUCCUCCACAGCACUCCCGGGCAACAGCAGAGAGCUGGCCUGGAAGAGGGACAACUGGGACAGAAUCCGGCGCCCCGACCGGGACUAGAACCCGGUGUGCCAGCGCCGCUAGGUGGAGGAUUAGUCUAGUGAGCCGCGGCGCUGGCCUGCAUAAGUUAUUAGAAAGGAGCAGUACGCCAAAUGAUGACAGGGUCUCAAUUCUCCCAUUAACCGUAACUAGAUUCUAGCAAAGAAAAAAACUGAGGAAGCCAAAUGAUCUAUUGAAAAUUAUAGGGGCGGCCAUUUGGGGAGUGAACCAAUGGAGGGAAGAUUCACAAUCUCUCUCUCUCUCUCCCCCUCCUCUCUGCCAGCCAUGGCAGCCAUUUGGGGAAUGAACCAACAGAGGGAAGACCUCCCCCCCCCCCCCUUCACUGUCUAUAACGCUGUCAAAAAAAAAAAAAAAAAAAAAAACCCUGUAGGCUUUGCCAUCAACAGAUUCCUAUCUGGGUUUUUUUUCUUGCCACUAAGACUUGACCACAGCAAAGUGCUCAAUCUCUAAUCUCUUCUAUGGCUGGGUGGCUUUUUUUUUUUUUUUUUUUUUUUUUUUAAAGAUUGACUGACUUGAAAGAGUUGAAAGGGAGAGCGGGAGACAAGAGGGAGAAAGUGAGAUCCUCCAUCUGCUGGUUCACUCUCCAAAUAGCCACAAUAGCCAGAGCUGGGCCAGGCUGAAGUCAGAAGCCUGGAGCUUCUUCUGGGUCUCCCACAUGAGUGCAAGGCCCGAGCAUCUGGGCCAUCCUCUGCUGCUUUCCCAGCUGCAUUAGCAGGGAGCUGGAUCGGAAGUGGGGCAGCUGGGACUCGCAUCAGCACUCAAAUGGGAUGCCAGUGUCACAAGUGGCAGCUUGACCUGUGCUACAAUGCCAGCCCCAGCGAUUUUCUAUAAGUAAUUGUAAGUGGAAAUCCUAAUGAAAAUUUUAAACCACUAACUUUUAUAUAUUUUAUUUUUUACCAUUAACUAUUUUAGUUAAAGUAGUACCUUCAGUGAAUGAGCUAAUGAGUCUGAUUAGAGUGCAAUGAGCAGCAUUGGCUUAAAAACACCUACUUGCCUGCAGCACAGCCAUUUAUGUGGGUAGAAUAAAGCAGACAAGAUUGUAUUUUCCUCUCUUAAAAAUGCACAGUAAAAUGAGGUUGGUCAGAAGAGGAGGGAAAGUGUGCUGAGAGCAGGUGGGAAGGAGGCACAUAUGGGGCAUGGACUGAGCCGUAUUCACUGCUCGUGUAAAAUGUUCAGGAGUCUUCAGCUGCCCACUGGCUUGCCUAGGAAGCUGGAGUCGGCAUUACUGUACUCCCUGGAAGAAAUGCUGGCAGUUCACUGUGGGAGAGAAGAUGCUAUACUUACAGGAAUAAAGCCAGACCAUUUUCCAAGCUAAUUAACUAACAAUAUUUGUGCUGCAGCAUUUGUAGCCACUGGAAGAGAAAUCAGGUAAUGAAAAAUUAAAACAAAUUUUCAGCUUAAAAAAUUGCCUUUAUUCAGAAUCUUUUUUUAAAUCUUAUCAUUAUGAAAGUUUAAAAAAAUAUAGCACUCAGUGCAAUGAAAUACUACAUUUAAUUAUUUUCCAAAGACUUAAGGCAGAUUUCUCACAAUUUGCAUGUGAGAAUUUAGCAUGAUCCAAACUCAAAUAUCCAUUUCUCGUAUCUUUCAAUGUCUGCAGCCGACACUGACUUAGAAACCUUUUUUAAAGCCAUUUCAAAAUCUUCCAUAGUUGUAGGCAUGUGCAUUUCUUCUCUUGAAAGAUUCCGGAUUUCUUCUGGAGUCAGACCUUCAAUACGCCUUCUCAUAGCCAUCAAGGAUGCAUCCCUAGUUGUAAGUUAAAAUCACAAGUUAUUAUUUUGACGAGAUAUAAGAAUUCUCAAUGCAUGCACUGUAAAAUGGUCCAGCUGAGAUGCUAUUAAAGGGGCAGAUGUUCAGAUGCCUGUGUGCUCCGCUGCAGUACCUGGGUCACACUUAGGGCUCCUGACUCUAGCUUCCUACUAUGCAGAUGGUGGAAGGCAGCAGCAAUGGCUCAGUGAGGUUCCUGCCACCCAGAUGGGAGACCUGGGUGGAGCUCCUGGCUCCAGCCCAGCCUGGCCCAGCCCAGCCCAGCCAUAGCCAUUGUGAGCAUCUGAGGAGUGAGUCUGUCUGACUCUCAAGUAAGAUUUUGAAAUCUUUUAUAUUUAUAUAUGUGUAUUGCUCAGAAUUGUAUAUUGGAAUACAAGGCCUGGUCUGAGUUGUGUUUCAGCAGUUAAAUCUUCCAGGAUGAAAUGAGGAGGAUUCUAAUCAAUGUAAGUAAUUAAUUAGCAUAAAGCCCAAGGAGAAAAGGUGCAAUAAAGAACUAGCAAGUGAAUUUCAUUACAAGUGUUAACUGAAAUCAGGAGUAGGCAUCACAAAGGCAAAAGACCACCUGCUGGUAGGAAAUUAUUUUCUCCAGGGAGCGUGAAAGCCAGCUCAUCAAGGAAGGAGGUUUCUCCUUUCCUGCUCUGUUAGAGGAACUUCACACUCUAGUACAAGGGCACCUCAAAAAGUUCAUGGAAAAGUGAAAUUAAGAAAUGCUCAAUUUGAUGCAAAAACUACAGAGCUCCCAUCUGCUGAUUUACUCCUCAGAUGCUCACAGUGGCCAGGGCUGGGCUGGGGCAAAGGUGGGAGCUUGGGAAUGCAAUCCAGGUCUCCCACGUGAGCGGCAUAACUCAAUUACUUGGGCCUUCAGCGCUGGCUCUCAGGGCUCUGCAUUAGCAGGAAGCUGGAAUCAGCUGGAGCUGGUUUUCAAACCCAGGUACUCUGACAGGGCAUGUGGGCAUCUUAAGUGCCUGUACCAGUGUAAAAACUUUCAAAUCCAUGCAUGGGGUUCUUAAUUCAUAAAUUUUUUGAAGACCACUUAUAUGCCUGGGUCUCAACAUUUUUUGGCAUCAAAAUAAACACAUGAGAGGCAGAGAGACCAAUGGAGCUGCCAGGCACUGGUUCACUCCCCAAAUGCCUGCAAGGAAAGCCUGGGGCAGGAAGUCGACCUAGGCCUUCCUCACCCCAUCACCUGGGCCCUCACUGCUGCCUCCCCAGUCUUCAUUAGCAGGAAGGUGAAGUUGGGAGCUGGGAAUCAAACUCAGACACUUUGAUAUGGAAUAUGGCCAUCUUAACCAGCAUCUUAACUGCAAGUCCAAACACUUGCCCCAAAUUUAUUUUUCCUACUGUCUUCUACAACUGUGUUGAAGCACUGUUUACAGCUGCUUUAUGUAUACAUGUUAUUGCUAAUCCUGGUAACUCUCUGUAGUAUCCUGUCUUGAGAGAAAAACCAGUACAGUCAAGCCCCUUGCUAAUCUGAGCCAAUACCUCAGAUUAGGAUGAAGCCUACUAAAUCUCUUUACCUGUCACAUUUAGGAUACGUUAACUGAAAACGAGACUGUCCAGGUAGGCCAAAUCAAUGUAGUUAUUACAGUCAUUUCCUAUAUUACAGUACAGAACGCACCAAUAACCUAAAAUCUAAGAGAAUUACUGAUUUUCCACAUUUUCCAGAAUGUUCUCAAUUUAGUUUCUUGAAUCUGUAGCUUCCAGAUAUACUACAGACUUCACGGCCAUGAAAGAUCCCCAAAUAUCACACUAACACCUGCUCACAGUUAACUUUCAUGGCCGGCUCCGCGGCUCACUAGGCUAAUCCUCCGCCUUGCAGCGCCGGCACACCGGGUUCUAGUCCCGGUUGGGGCACCGGAUUCUGUCCCGGUUGCCCCUCUUCCAGGCCAGCUCUCUGCUGUGGCCAGGGAGUGCAGUGGAGGAUGGCCCAAGUCCUUGGGCCCUGCACCCCAUGGGAGACCAGGAUAAGUACCUGGCUCCUGCCAUCGGAUCAGUGCGGUGCGCCGGCCACAGUGCGCCGGCCGCGGCAGCCACUGGAGGGUGAACCAACGGCAAAGGAAGACCUUUCUCUCUUUCUCUCUCACUGUCCACUCUGUCUAUCAAAAAUAAAUAAAUUAAAAAAAAAAAAAAAACUUUCAUGACCCGACUACAGACUGUA